AUGAUCGAUUUUAUACAUGAAGACGGCCAGGGAAACCUUUUUAACGGCAAAGGCAUGGCUGUUGCAGUUGUGGAAAUGGAAGUAGAUGAAGAGAUGUAUCCCAUUGAAACGGUGACAAAUUUUGGAAUGUACCAGGAGCUCAAACCACCUGAAAAGCUCGAAAAAAACAAUGAAAAGAAAGAAGACAGAGGAGAUGUCAAGCUAGAGAACAACACGACAACCCGUAUCUACAAGAGUUACAAGGAAGCAAAGAAGGAGCAACUGUUUGCUUUGGUCUAUGAAAAAGGCAUGAGUGCUAGAGAAGCAGCCUUAAAACUUCGUAUCACUCCGCGCACAGCACAAAGAUGGAUAGCGAACGAUCAGCGAGAUCCUCAAACGUAUAAAGAAAGAAAAGAGGGUAGUGAAAGACCAGUCAGUAGACCAGCAAUGAUGGAUGAUCGUCAUAAAACACAUUUGGUCGACUUAAUUGACGAAGAGCCUGCAUUAGUGUUGGACCAGAUGAUAGAUAGCCUGGCAGCCGAUUUCAUUGACCUCGAGAUAUCAAAAACAGCACUGUACAAUUUC